AUGGAUGACACUCCGAGCAAAAAUGGUGCCUCCCAGCUCUCUCAGCUUUGGGAAGCUAAUGCCACAGUGCGACGUCGUGCAGCUACAUACGUCAUGGUGAAGUUGCCGCCCAGUGGCCGGAUUGAUCGUGCUUGUGUCGAACUCAAUGAAGAAGUCCUGACACCCAUCGUCCAAGAGUUGGGGGCACGAGUUGGGGUCGAUGUACUCGAAGAGCACGUGUAUUCCCUCUACAAGCUGAUGAAGAUGGCACUUUCAAGUGCGCAGGCAUCUGCUUUGGCCUGGUCUUUGAAAAGGCUGGUUUCGGUCUUCAAGAGAUCGAUCUCCCGGCCCCACAGGCCCAGGUCGCCUGUGAUCAGAAAUAUCAUGCAAGCUGCCGGGAUCCCGGUACCAGCCCCUACCGCCGAUGAUGAUGAAAGCACCGACUAUCACGAAGAUGGCGAUGAGGGAGAGGAGGAGGAAGAGUUGGAGGUGGACCCUCCAAUGGAUAUCGAACUGAAACCGGAAGAUGCAAUCGAGGAUGCUGCUAAGGCGGAUGCACCCCUGCUCACCCUCGCGCCCCCCCUCAAGAAAGCAAGAACGAAGUCUCUCGAGGAGGGCUCUGCAGAGGCUGGCGCAGGUCCCCUGAAGCCAGUGCCGACGGAGCCCGAACAGGCUGUUUGCAGCGAGCAUGCAAGUCCGACCUCCACGACUGCCCCGGUCCCCGAGCAUCGGCCUCCCACAGACCCCAGUACUGCCCCUGCUGCAAUGACUACUGCUGUUGUCCCAGCUGGCACCAUCACUGAUGCAACCCCCCCCGAGCCCAAUGAUGGUGGACGUGGUGCCCACAAAGCCCGGAUGAAGAAAUUGAGAGCAAUUUUGGAGAGCGGCAAGAAAGCGAAGCAGGAUGUUGAAGCAGGUCGCUCGAGUGGCGUCCACGUGGUCGUCUUAAUCAGCGAGGAUGUCGCGGAGUGCCAGGCCUGUGGACUGACCGGUUCCAUUGAUAUGUUCAACACGAUGGAGUGUUCUGGGGCGCGGUUGGCAAAGAUUCGGGAACUUGAGAGGCUCCGGGAGUUCAAGGAACAGUUGAUUGCCCAAAAGCGACAGCGACUGUAUGAGCUCGAGAAGAUUGGUAAGAAAGCAUCUGACGCCCUGCCUGAUAUCCCCUCAAAUCGCACUGACAAUCUGGAGACGCAGGCAUGGAUGGAGGAUGCGCAGCCUCCGUACGAUCCGCUGUGCAAGUCUUUGUCUUUUGAAGAAGCCAUGGAUGAGUGUGAACCCUUGAGUGAUCCCGAUCCUCUCCUGAGUGUGGGUGGCCCGACACGCGAAACCCUGCCCAGCAGGAAGGAGAAAACUGAGGCAUGCGACAAGGGCCAGGAGAAACCUGAGGCAAGCAACAAGGGCCACACGAAACCGGAGGCAGGCGACAAGGACCAGGAGAACCCUAAAGCUUGCGACAAGGGCCUCGACAAGGUACCAGCUCACUCCCCCAAGAAGGCCCUGAAGCCUGAGGCAUCGCUUCCUGCAAAGCCUGCCUGCAUGCAUAAGAUUCCUGCUUCUAUGUCACCCGAUGAGCAGAUGGGUCGCAAAGCCAAGUGUGAGAAGGAAACGGCUGAAGCCGACGAGGAGGAGGAGGAACAGGAAGAGGGUGAGGAGGAUGUCGAGAUGGGCGAAGGCAGCCAGGAUGACGAGGAUGAAUGUGAGGAGGAUCUGGACGGAGAGGAAAUGGAGGAGGAGGAGCAGGAUGGCGCAUCAGAUGAGGAGAAGCCAGCGAAGCGACCAGCAGCCAAGAUCGCCAUGAAGAAGGCACCCAAGGCGAAGGCCAAGGCAAGUUCCAAAGGAAGGGGAAAGGGAGGAGCCAAAGGCAAGCCCAAGGCAAAGGGGAAGGCAAAGGGCAAGGCAAAAGCAAAGAGCUCACCAAAGGCACCCAAGAAGAAAACUGAUGAUGAGAUGAAGAAGGUUAAAAGCAGAAAGUCGGUGGCCUACCACAAGGCGCGGGCCGAGGCACUCUCUGCAGGAAUGUCGGUGGAGGAGGCAUCCGAGAUCGGCAAAGAGGCUACUUGCCUUAAUCGGUUACACCCCAGUCUCCAAAGGUGCAAAUCCCAAAGCAAUCCAUUGACAAAACAUGAUAGAUCUCUUUCUAAAGCCCCUAAACCCCUAAACCCGUAA